CUUCGGUUCCUCAUGAAGAGAUAUAAAAACGCAUCACUUUUAAAUAGAAUCCCAUAAUUAACUUAAGUGUUGCCCCGACCAACAUUACAUUUCAUUCAAAUGUAGUUCAAACUUAAAGAAGAGAAAAAUCCUUCAGAGACUCAACAAUUUGCAUCAUGCUCAAUGUAAGGAUUGUUACAUCACUACUUUCUCUAUUGGUCGGCAUUGCAGCGGCAGGGGAGAAGUUUCAUUUUACCUUAAGCGAAGAUGAAUUGUCUCAUUACUUUGGAACCACAUUAUUGGAACAAGUUCCGGAUUACGAAUUUAUACCUGUGCAGUUUAUAAAAGAAGAAGUAACGCCGGAAUCUCGUAACAUCACGUUGAAAGCUUUCGGUCAAGAGUACCGACUGUACCUUACAGAGAACAAGAACCUCUUAUCUCCCGAUUGUAAAAUAAGCCAACUCUAUUCUAAUGGAAGCAAAGAAAGUGUUCCCUGUAGUAACACAAAUGACAGCUGCCAUUACAUUGGUCGUUCGGAAUCACAUCCGGGUUCUGUUGUUGCCCUAAGUACCUGUGAUGGAUUGCAUGGUGUUAUUAGUGCUAUAGAUCACGAUUUGUACAUCCAACCUUUGCUGAAAAUACACAAAAGAUCGAGCUCACAACAAGGGAAACAUCUUGCAAUUAAACGUUCUGCACAGAGAGGAACAAUUGUUUCGGAUGAACAGAAACGAAUGAUCAGACGGUCAGCAAGACGUUACUUGGAGACGAAAGUAGUCGUGGCCCCGGAUAGCCAUAAGUUCCACGGCAGUGACACCACGAGAUUUGUAACAACAGUCAUGAAUAUGGCAGCAAGAAUUUUUCUGGAUCCCUCCCUAGGCGACAGCAAGCUGUAUUUGGCUAUGGUGGAAAUAACAGUUCUAGCGGAGGAGAGGUCGGACUUGAAGAUCGUGGAAGACUCUGGCGACCUUCUGAAUGCAUUUUGCCAAUGGCAGAAGAAACAUGACCCCCAAGACCAAGCUGACCCUAGAUACCCGGAUGUAUCCAUACUUAUCACAAAGACAGACCUUGUGAAAAAUGGGGACAAGAUGAACGUGGGUCUCGGAACAAUGGGCGGGGUCUGCUACACGGACCGGAAGUGCACGGUGAACCAGGAUUCCGGACUCGACACGGCCUACACUAUCGUACAUGAACUUGGACACGCGUUGGGGAUGAAACACGAUGGCGAUAGUAACCAAUGUACUCCAAAUCAGUACAUCAUGUCCCCCUACGGCUCCACCAGCUCUGAUAACGCCCGGUGGUCCUCGUGCAGUGCUCAGUACCUCAGAGACUACCUAAGUGGGGUCCAGUGCCUCUCUGACAUCCCUAGUCGUUCCGGGUCCACCGUGAGGCUGUAUGACAACACUGGGGAGAAACCCGGCAUCAUUUACUCCGCGGACGCUCAGUGUACAUUGUUCUUUGGUGGAACGACCACGUCGUGCGUCAGAAAAACACAUCCUUGUCGUGCGGACUGCAUCAAUCCCAAUACACAUCAGUGUACUAUUGUGGCGGCGUCGUUUGCUGACGGAACAGAAUGCGGCGGGAGAAACUGGUGUAUUAAUGGCCAGUGUGUGUCUAUGGGACGGAGCGGACCACGAGCCGUAGACGGCAGCUGGUCGAGUUGGGAGUCAGAAUGGUCCGGAUGUUCUAGGAGUUGCGGGGGCGGGGUGACACUAAAGAAAAGAACCUGCACCAACCCGGAACCGAGAUUUGGUGGGCGAGAGUGUCCGGGAAAAUCAUAUCAAGCGAAGCUUUGCAAUCUUCAGCCCUGUGUGACUAGUCAACAUAAUUUCAAAGAGGAACAAUGUUCUGCCACAAACAAAAAUCCAGUUCAUGGAAAAAGAUACCAUUUUGUUCCAUUUACGGAAAGCGAAUCUGACUGUAAGCUGACGUGUCGGGCGUUGGAUGACAACCUUGUUUAUACACGGGCCGAGGCGUCAGAGGACGGGACGAUGUGCCGUGCCGCCGGGGCAGCGUUCGAAUCUAGAUGUGUCAAAGGAACAUGCGAGGGUUUUGGUUGUGAUGGCGUUUUGGGAUCAAACGCAAAGUUUGAUAACUGUGGAUUAUGCAAUGGAGCAGGCAACACGUGCACAGGCCACACUGGAAAAUACAAGGAAAACAACCCUGGAGGAUACCAUGCCGUACUCACACUUCCGGUUGGCAGUACGGGAAUUACAAUCCAAAACAAGAAUGGAUUUUGCUUUAUGGGUGUGAAAAUAAACGGACGAGGUAUAUUCGGACAGAACAAACAGAAGGCGUUGUCGGGAACGUACGGUGGAUCGAGGGUACUGAUAGAAUACCAGGCAACACCCGAGAAAAUCCAUAUUAUUGGACCAACAACAGCAAGCGUGAAGAUUGAAGUGUAUCAAAAAUACGACGCCACACAAUUCAUGGGAGUGUCACCAGAUAUAACAUACUCUUAUUACACACCACAUGGUGGCGCGUCCAGUCAUGACUUCAAAUGGGCUGUGGUCACCAGCCAAUGCAGUGCCACGUGUGGAACAGGAAAACAGUCAAGAACCGCCAAAUGCAUCAGGAUCAGCAACAACGCGCAAGUGGAGGAUUACAAGUGUGACCUGUUCCUGAAACCCUCAGAAAUCUCUGUGUACUGCAACAUCCAAGCCUGUCCCCCAGAGUGGCAUGCUUUUUCAUGGGAAACUUGCAGCAAGGAAUGUGGUGGCGGAACUCGCACACGGAAAGUGCAGUGUGUAACCAUACAGCGAGGGGAAUUCACCGCGGUAUCGGAAAGCCGGUGUAACGCCGCGAGGAAACCUGCUCUCAGCGGAGCCUGUAAUACGCAGGCUUGUGAGGUCACUGGUGCCUGCUUAGAUAAAUUGGACUGUCGUGCCUAUGGAAAUCAAGUGUGUUCCAACUAUCCUGAGUGGACCCAGUUGAACUGUCCAAAACAUUGUCAUUUAUGCCCCGAAGGCAAGCCCUGUGAGGACUUAGAAGACUGUCCGGCUUACGGAGACAACGUUUGCAAAGAGUAUAAAGACUGGGCCCAGGUCAACUGCAGAAAACACUGUGGCUUCUGCAGCAGUGCGGGUAACGUGAAUGUUGGGAGUUGCUCAGACAAAGUCAACUGCGACGAUUAUCAAGACGAUAUUUGUACAAACCCAACGUAUGCAAAAUGGUCCAAAGAAAACUGUCCAAACUAUUGCAAAUUGUGCACACAGAGCACCACCAGUAGCCCGCAUGGACAAUCCAACACCGGUAAUACUAACACACAGUCGUCCAAUGACCCCUGCCAAGACAAGGUCAAAUGCAAUGAAUAUGGCGAUGACGUAUGCACGACUCACGGACCAUGGUCCCACCAAAACUGUGCUCGGCAUUGCAAAUUUUGUCAACCAUGCAGUGACGUAUUACCCGAUUGUGCUGAUUACGGGAAGAGUGCUUGUACUGGAGACUAUGAGAAAUGGGCCAAAGAAAACUGUAAAUCGUACUGUAACUACUGCGACGCUGUAAAUGCAACCACAAGCACUAGCACUGCACAUCAAGGGACUUCACAUCAAGAAACCAAUAGCAACGGCAACCAUGUCCAAUCGUCUUCCUCUAACACCGCUAGCAGCGACCCCUGUCGGGAUGUAGAGAAAUGCAACGAAUAUGGGGAUGAUAUUUGUACUAAUUAUGAGCCUUGGGCAAGGAAGAACUGCGCGCGUCACUGCAAGUUCUGUGAACCAUGCAAAGAUGCUUUGUCUGACUGUGCCGCUUAUGGAAAAAAAUCCUGUUCAGGUGUUUACGAGUCGUGGGCCAGAAAGAAUUGCAAAUUGUUCUGUAACUACUGUGGAGGCGAUUCCGGCACAACUACACAUAGAACUACUCAGGUGGUCACUACUACACCUCGAGCAACUACUGUGAGUACAACUCACGCCGCCAGUACCGAUCCCUGUAAGGACGUUGAACGAUGCGAGGAGUACGGAAGUGACGUAUGCACUGCUUACGCUUCUUGGUCCAAGAUCAACUGUCGACGUCAUUGCAAAUUCUGCCAACCUUGUAAAGAUGCGAUCACAGACUGUGCAGACUACGGAAGGCAGGCGUGUACGGGGGGUUAUAUACCAUGGGCCAAAAAGAACUGCAAGCUUUAUUGUAACUUCUGUGAUACUGAUAGCACGACGACCACAACGUCUACCACCACAACCACCACGACAACGACGCCACCACCGACUACAGUGGUGGUCAGCAGCGAUCCGUGUCGCGACAAAAUCGACGACUGUGACGAAUACGGGGCUGACGUUUGCACAGCGUACGGUGCAUGGGCCAAAACCAACUGUCAACGUCACUGCAAAUUCUGCCAACCAUGUACCGAUAAACUGCCCGAUUGUGCAGGUUACGGAAGGAGCGCUUGUAGGGGGCAGUAUCUUCCCUGGGCACGAAAGAAUUGUCCGCGCUACUGCAAUUUGUGUGGCUCGAGGAAAAAGCGUGAUUUGUGGAGAGCCGGAAUGAAUACACCAGAGAAAAUAAAUACAGUAAUCAGAAACAGCGCCGACCCAAUGGGGAAUAACGAAGCAGACCGUUUAGAAAUGGAUUUGAUGCAUGCAGAUGACAGAAACGAAGAUAUUUUAAUUCCGGAUAAAAUUUCGGACAACAACGAUUUGAAAGCACCCGAAUUGGUGGUAGAAUCUCAGAAUCUGGUCCCGUCCAAAGUCCACCGCAUUCCUCAAAUCGUAAACUCAAUAGGGGAUGUUCCGAACGAAGGGGGAGGGUACAAUCUCCAGCCUGUAGAGGAAUAUUCGGAGGGGCGUGUCCCCGCUCAGACAAACGGAAGUGAAACAGGGCAGGUCCCACCAGGAGAGGAAGUCAGUGUGCUUGAUGAAGUUCAAAAACUUGAGAAGCUGGUGGACGAUAACAUAAAAAUGUGAUGUCGAAAGAAUCUCUAAAGGAAUUGGACUCUUGUUUAAAUAUUUAGAUGUUUUAUUUAUAAAAAAUGGUUUUCAAUCUGAGAGUUUUAUCAGAGCUGUUGUUAGUAAAAUAGUCAGCAAAUAC